GACGUGGAGCAGGCGGGCCCUGAGUCCCCUCUACACUUCCUGUGUGGGGUUCAGACACCUGCCUCCCCUGUCUGCGUCUGGUGCCUUCUUCAGAAAUGUAAUGAGCUGGCUGCGUCCGCCAUCUUGGUAGAGAGAGCAUUCUGAGAGGAUGCGGUGGAACACUUUCUGGGGCAUCCUGUGCCUCAGCCUCCUAGCUGUUGGCACUUGCCAGGACGAUGCCGAGAACAUUGAAUACAAAGUCUCCAUCUCAGGAACCAGUGUAGAGUUGACGUGCCCUCUAGACAGUGACGAGAACUUAAAAUGGGAAAAAAAUGGCCAAGAGCUGCCUCAGAAGCAUGAUAAGCACCUGGUGCUCCAGGAUUUCUCGGAAGUCGAGGACAGUGGCUACUACGUCUGCUACACACCAGCCUCAAAUAAAAACACGUACUUGUACCUGAAAGCUCGAGUGUGUGAGUACUGUGUGGAGGUGGACCUGACAGCAGUAGCCAUAAUCAUCAUUGUUGACAUCUGUAUCACUCUGGGCUUGCUGAUGGUCAUUUAUUACUGGAGCAAGAAUAGGAAGGCCAAGGCCAAGCCUGUGACCCGAGGAACCGGUGCUGGUAGCAGGCCCAGAGGGCAAAACAAGGAGCGGCCACCACCUGUUCCCAACCCAGACUAUGAGCCCAUCCGCAAAGGCCAGCGGGACCUGUAUUCUGGCCUGAAUCAGAGAGCAGUCUGACAGAUAGGAGAGACAUCGCCUUCUGUGGACCCAGAUCCAGCCCUCCGAGCACCCUGCUACUCCUUGUUCUCUGGACAGACUGCAGACUCCACAGCUUGCUCUUCAGCCUCCUGGUGAACACGUGUCCUAGAACCUUGCUCUCCUGCCUCCUCUGCUAGUAGCCAGUGCUGGGACAUUGCUGACUCAACAGCCUUUGAAAGAAUCAGGCUGCUCAGAUUGUCUGCCAGCCACCUUGUGGGGAUACUUUUUUCAGCCGCCCUGCUGCCAGCUCCCCGCUGCCUCACCAGUGUCCUCUCUGCCUCAGUUCCUUUCCUCUCCUAAUUGGCCCUCAUAGCUAAGCCCUUUCCUACAGCUUUCUGUUUUUUCUUUUUCUUUCUUUUUAGGUUUUCUUUCUUUUCUUUUUUAUUCCUUUUUAUUUAAUCUUUUUUUUUUAAACACUCCAGAUUUUAUUCCCUUCCCGGCCCAUCCUCCGACUGUUACACACCCCAUACCUCCUCCCUGCCCCCUUGUCUCUACGAGAAUGUCCCCCACCCCCAUCCCCCACCUGCUUUCUGGUUUUUGGUUUUUGGUUUGUUUUUUUUUUUUAAACUCUGUGUUUUACACUCUUCUCUGGGAUGGAUUCUGUAAUCAUUGGCACAGGUCCUGCCCCAUUUAUAGAUCCUGGCCCAGCCCCUGCCACAGGUGCCUCUCCAGAUUUCCCCUUAGAUCCUCGGAUGGUCAUCUCCAUCUCCAUGAAUACACCAGCCCCCUCUCUGCUAAUGCAAAAGGCAAUAAAGUGUAUUGGCUGGGAAAGCUA